ACCUCUCACUCCCAUCCCUUCAACUUGUUCAUCUUAUUGCGACUUCCUCAUCCCUCGGCUACCCUUCAAACUUUACACAAGAACCACCAUCAAUUGUUCCAGUACGGGCAGUCGUUAACUCGCCACGUAAGACAACAAACCUCAAGGCAAUCGCAUUUGACAUCCUCAACUGCUGUUAAUAACUCAGUAUAAGCCCAUGGGUAACAAUGAGAAGCGGCAACAGUCUCGGAAGGAAUAUGAGGACAGAAACAAGGAUUCACGAAGAGAACAGGCAUGCAAGGCAAUGAGACGGCGCAGAGAGCGUGUUAAAGCAAUGCCGCUCGCAGACCAAGAGUCUGUCAAGGCACGACAACGUGCCACGCAAGCGAAGUAUCGAAAGGCGUACAUAGCUAUUCUGUCUGGAGGUUACUCUCAACUGACUGUUUGUUUCAUUAGUAAUUGAGAAAAACUUCGACUGAAAGCUGACUCUCGGUGAUGGAUGCUAUUCAUGGAACAAUACGAGGAUGAUCCAGGCAAAAUGCCUGACAACCGCGUUCACAGACAAGGCCAUCUGUACCAUCCUGAGGACUAUCCACUUGAACUUCAACCUGAGGGAUCGCAGGAUGCAUAGUUGGGUUGUUCGCAAAAUGAAGCAAGUUUCUGUAAUUUUCAGUAGUCAUAUAUUGUACGAG